GAGACACCCAAUCGAGAAUGGCCCUUCGUAUCCCUUGGGAGGCACCGAGCUCCGUCGUCUCGUUUCCGGCGGUCGCGCGCUCUUUUCUCGGGACGGUGGAGGCCGUGCAGCGUCGCCGUUACUCCGAGGAGAGAAGAGUCGGUGCAGGAAGUCGAGGUUAGAGAGGACCGGGAGGCACUUUGCUGUCUUCAAUCGAAGUUGAGGGUGCAAAAAUGCAGAGCAGUAAGACCUUUAAUUUGGAGAAACAAAACCAUACUCCAAGGAAGCAUCAUCAGCAUCACCACCAGCAGCACCAUCAGCAGCAGCAGCAACAGCCACCGCCACCACCCAUACCUGCAAAUGGGCAACAGGCCAGCAGCCAAAAUGAAGGUUUGACUAUUGACCUGAAGAAUUUUAGGAAACCAGGAGAGAAGACCUUCACACAGCGUAGCCGUCUCUUUGUGGGCAAUCUUCCUCCUGAUAUCACUGAAGAGGAAAUGAGGAAACUAUUUGAGAAAUAUGGGAAGGCAGGUGAAGUCUUCAUUCAUAAGGACAAAGGCUUUGGUUUUAUCCGCUUGGAAACGCGAACCCUAGCGGAGAUUGCCAAAGUAGAAUUGGAUAAUAUGCCACUCCGUGGAAAGCAGCUGCGUGUGCGCUUUGCCUGCCAUAGUGCAUCCCUUACAGUCCGAAACCUUCCUCAGUACGUGUCCAACGAACUGUUGGAAGAAGCCUUUUCUGUGUUCGGCCAGGUGGAAAGGGCUGUAGUCAUUGUGGAUGAUCGAGGAAGGCCCUCGGGAAAAGGCAUUGUUGAGUUCUCAGGAAAGCCAGCUGCUCGAAAAGCUCUGGACAGAUGCAGUGAAGGCUCCUUUCUGCUAACCACAUUUCCUCGGCCUGUGACUGUGGAGCCCAUGGACCAGUUAGAUGAUGAAGAAGGACUUCCAGAGAAGCUGGUUAUAAAGAACCAGCAAUUUCACAAGGAGCGAGAGCAGCCACCCAGAUUUGCACAGCCCGGGUCCUUUGAGUAUGAGUAUGCCAUGCGCUGGAAGGCACUCAUUGAGAUGGAGAAGCAGCAGCAGGACCAAGUGGACCGCAACAUCAAGGAGGCUCGUGAGAAGCUGGAGAUGGAGAUGGAGGCUGCCCGCCAUGAGCACCAGGGCCUGCUAAUGAGGCAGGAUUUGAUGAGGCGCCAAGAAGAACUUCGGAGGAUGGAAGAGCUGCACAACCAAGAGGUGCAAAAACGAAAGCAACUGGAGCUCAGACAGGAGGAGGAGCGCCGGCGCCGUGAGGAAGAGAUGCGGCGGCAGCAGGAAGAA